AUGAGCCCAUUUCAAAAAUUAGCGACUGAUCGAGAUACGAAAAAACUAAGGCUGUAUAAAUUUAGGUCGGAUGAUCGGGAAAGUGAGAAGAAUGUGCAAACGAAGAGCAUUACGAAGAAAAAGGCACAUAGCGAGAGGCCAUGCGUGGAAUGUGGUCGAUGGCUGGAUGAUUGCGUGUUGGAUUGGAAAGAGACACUUGGAGUGGGUUCCGUGUGGUGUUCUCGCGAUUGCAUCGAGCGGAGAGUGGCCAGAGCACACGAGGUUUUGCCGGAGGAUUAUGGGGCCUUGACAUUGCUACGUGGCGAUGGUCAACUUUUAACGACCGGACCGACAUUAGCAAAUCUCGCUGAGUUCAUUUACAAGUAUCCGGAAUAUGAACCUGUUUUACCAGUGGCUAAGAAAAAGCAGCCACCAAAAACCGAUCAAGGCGGUGAUUCGAAAAAAUCAACUGCAAAACUUCUAUCGAAAGAUUCUGAUCGAAUUCGCUUCAACGUGAAGAGGGCGUUUUCAGAUGCGUUAACGAAACGUGCUAAAAUGGACAAAGUGAAAUCCGCCAUCAAGUUGUGCAAGGACGUAUCGGAAAAUAUUGAAGCUGCUCUUUUCAAAUCGUGUCAAUCCAAUUUGAAUUCACCUAAAUACAAAACUUGGACGAAGACUUUCAUAGAGAAUGUGGCUGAUUGCCGAAAUAAGAGCUUCUACUACCGAGUUCUGACGGGAGUGAUAACUGUGCAAAAGCUUGUCACACUAGAAGGUCCGGAUAUGCGGAAGCCGGAAUAUUCGGCUCCUCUCGACGGCGUGGGAGAUGAAGAAGUGAAAGUGGUGGAAGCCGGUGAAGCUGAAGAAGCGGCAGUAUCGGAGCCAAAUGACGCUGCAAAAUCCGCCAAAGAGGAAGAACCAGCUGAAAGCGCAAAGAAGAAGGAAGCAGAGAGUACUGCUGGCGCCACUGCAUCUGUUUCUGAAGCGAGCAUUGCUACCCGCAGUGCAUUAAGAAAAGAAACGAGUACACCGAAGUUGUCGAAAAAAGUUGAAGUGAAGUCAGCAAAACGCCCACUUCGUAAAUCUGAGCCAAAGAAUGCUCUGUAA